AUGUUUUCAAGGAACAAAUAUGUCUUGAAUAAUAAUGUGCUCAAGACUUUCCAAAGGAAUAUAGCAAUGAAAGGAGAUGUACACUUAUCCAGCAGAAGAGUGAUGAGAAAAAUUAAAAUGGGAAAAGCUAGACCAGCAAUAUUUCAUCAAUUUGAUACUUUAGUUGAGCUUAGCGACGGCUCCGUUAUCAAGCGUAGAUCACAGGCUCCAAAAGAUGAAAUCAGAAUGAUCAGCGAUAUAAGGAACAGUACCUUGUGGAAUCCUAAUAGGUCUGAUCUCGUUACAAUAGACCCUAAUGCUACCGGUAAGGUUAAUAAGUUCAAGCUGAAAUUUUCUUCUUUUGAGGCUGAGGAGCCUGGAAAGGACUCAAAAGAAGAUGAUUAUGUGACUUUGAUGGCGCAUGAUGCAACAGAAGUCCAGAAAGGAGGAAAGUUGUUUGAUAAGAAACAAAACAAAAAGAAGUAA